AAGUAAAUGAUAAAAAUAAACACAAAAAAGAAACAAAUGAAGGCAGUAGCCGAUUACAAUAAAAGAUAAAAAGCAUCAAAUAUUUGUGACUUUCCGUGAACGGAGUUUGUGUUGGAUAGAGCUUGUGUUGUUGUCUUUACUAAAGCUUUAGGGCUACUUUUUUUGUUAUUAACUGGGAAUUCUUGAGUGCUGUGCUGCUGUCUGAUUAUUUAAAGAAAUAGUUUCAUCGAAAUUCAAAUGGAAGACUUACUUGGGUCCAUAUUAAAUAAGAUGACAAAGCCUCCUUCCCUUGAUGAGCAGCAAAGAAAAGCAACUAGAAAACAAGCUGAAAACUUAAUCGAGAGGCAAAAUGAGGAACGUGCUCUUCUAAGAAAUUUUCAGAAAAAGAUGCAAACCAAAAUUGCUGACUUUAUGCUGGAUAAUGCCUUAGAAAAAGUCACCUUACCACCAAUGAAUAGAAUACAGCGUAGCAUAAUUCAUGAAAUUGCUGAAACUGCAGGGCUUUCUGCAUUUUCCUUUGGUGAAGAAGAUAUUGAUAGACAUGUGGUUGUCUACAAAAAGGAAUUUACUCCCUGUCAAGAGGAAUUGUCUGCUUACAGGAGAGGUUUGGAAUGGAAACCAAAGUUAGUUGAAGAGGAAUCCACACCAGAAGUCGACCAACUGCCCUCUUCAAAAAGUGAGUCAGCUGCGGUGGCACACUAUUCAACCAAAUACGACCGAUUAUUCGGAAACGAACAGGUGAAGGAGGCAACCAAGGUAACUCAAAUCAAUCGAAAAUACGGCUUUGUGUCAUCCGAAAACAAGAAAGACCAGCGUUCAAUAGAACAAACUUUAGAUGACAUUCGCGCCAAGAAAAGGCAAAAAAAAGACGUAACGAACCAGGUUUAGAACAUAUAUUACCUUAGUUUGGUUUUAUGAAAUGUAAUUCGACAUACGUACGUUGAAAACGAAAAAAUAAUACACACGAAAAUAUCUUAAA